GGAAGAUUGCACUUCAGGAGCUGCUGAUAUUUAAUUUGAACUGUGGAGACCAGAAGCUGUUGUUAAAGCCCUGCCAUCAGUGCGUGCGUGGUGUGUAAUUUCAGUGUUCGUCCUCUCUGUCACAACAGCACUGAAUGCUGCAAAUCACAGGAUGGACUCCAGUGGGAAAACCUCAACUGCACAGAUCGUGGUGUUAGCCACCAGCUCAGCCCUGACUGCACUUUUCUAUUCCAUAUACAAGAGCAGAGCUACAACUGUUGCCAGAUUAAAGGAAGCCAAGAAAGUGUCUAUUGACCAGGAUUUGAAAAACAUCUUGUCUGAAACUCCUGGAAGAUGUGUCCCGUAUGCUGUCGUAGAAGGUGUUGUAAGAUCUGUGAAGGAAACUCUGAGCAGCCAGUUUGUUGAGAACUGCAAAGGCGUAGUUGAAAGACUGACUCUGAAGGAGGAAAAGAUGGUGUGGAAUCGCACCACACAUCUCUGGAACAACACAGAGAAGGUCAUCCACCAGCGCACCAACACAGUUCCAUUUGCCCUUGGGUCUCAUGAUGAUGAAAUUGCUGCCACAGUACGGGUUAUACGUCCACUAGACGCUGCGGAGUUGGACCUGGAGACCACCUACGAGAACUUCCACCCCACAGUCCAGUCCUUGUCCAACGUUAUCGGCCACUUCAUCAGCGGAGAACGUCCCAAGGGCAUCCACGAAACAGAGGAGAUGCUGCGCCUGGGAGACAGCAUCACGGGUGUAGGAGAGCUGGUCCUGGAUAACAACCUGAUCAAGCUCCAACCUCCCAAACAGGGCUUCUGUUACUUUCUCACCCGGCUGGACUACGAGUCUCUUCUCAGGAAGCAGGGAAACAGCGUCAGACUGUGGAGGAUUCUGACCCUUGUCUUCGGUGUUGCCGCUUGUUCCACACUCCUCUUCAUCCUGUGGAAGCGAUACGUACACCACAGACGGAGUAAGAAGGAGAGGAGCAUGCUUGAGGAGUUCAAGGAACAGCAGAAGAAACGUAUGCGUGAACUGAACUUGGAGGAAAGCAGCGUGUCGCCCACCGGCUGUACUGUCUGCCUGAGCCGUGAGCGCUCCUGCGUGUUUCUGGAGUGUGGUCAUGUGUGUGCCUGUGCCCAGUGCUACGACGCCCUGCCAGAGCCAAAGAAAUGCCCCAUCUGCAGGGCAACUAUAGACAGGGUGGUGCCUCUCUACAACAGCUAAUGUGGACAUACAGAAAUGGGUAUAACAUCACAUACAGUAGGAAGCCUACACAGCCUUUUAUACUGGAAAUAUGUUAUACAAAAGCUGUCUGUACAGCUGUGAAAACGGUAAUAUUGUUACUUUUCGUUGCACUUUUUUUGCUUUUACUCUUUCUUAUAGAUAAAUAGUAGGUAUCUGUGCUGAAUCGUGAUGCAGUCACAUUUCCCAUUAAAUAUUCAAAUCAACUUUGGAACCUGUAAAAAUAGAAAAUGAAAUUUUUUCAUCUUAAGAGAAAAUUAGAUUUCUUCUUGCUUAAGACAUUGGCAAAUACUGGCUCUGUACCCCGAUGAUGAACCAUCUUAGAAGUUAGUGUUUCUAACGUUGUUAAGCACUUAAGAGCGAGUGCACAUGCACACAAAGGUGUGCGUUUGCACAGAGUUAAGACCUUCUGAAUACACUUUAAUGUAAUGAGGCGCAUUUAACUGUCAGUAAGCAGUGGUAUAUAUUAAAAUACAGAACAUAAAUUACAUGCUGUAAAUGACAGAACAGAAAUGUUUUGCACUUCAUCAGUAUGAAAAAAUAGCCUUAUGUGCAGCCAACAGUCUACAGCUUUUAUCUUGGUGUCUGUGUGUGUGUGUGUGUGUGUUUGUGUUAAGAUUGUGGUAGACAACAUUUGCACCACAAUUAUAAAGAAAAGCAAUGAAAACUGAAAUCCUAACAUAACAUGAAAACAGGAAGAAGAGGAUGACAGAAACUGUCAAAUGAGCAAAUCAAAUGUUCAAUUACUUUUUUUGUAUGAUUACAAUAUUUUUAAAUCUAAACCCUCAUGUUAAAUUAAAUGUCACUUCACAGAAUGUGUUGGUGGUCCAUGUUUAGUAUAUUUGUCAGGGAACAUGUACAUAAAAACACUAAUCUCAUACAAAGAAGAGAUGCAUUGUACCAGAUUUAGCCUUUAACUUUCUGAGAUGUUUUUGGGAAACGGGGCCCAUCUUGUUAUGAUCUUGUCUUGACAUUUGAUUUGGAAGUGUGUACAGUUACACUGACUCAUUUUAUGUCUUAAGUUAGGAUUUAGCUCUGGUAAGGGCUGGCAGUUCAUUUAAGGUUGUGUUUUGUACAGCUCAGACAAGGCAGAGGAAAGGUUGUGGUUCG